CCAUCUCUAUUACGUCAUUUGACAGGCCAGAUCCAGGAAGUGAAUCUACUGGCUUUUCGCUUGUGUUCCGUGGUCGAUCGGUGGACCUUCGCUGUCCUCUCCCCGAACAAAGUUGACGCACCAAAUGGCGACGUUUAUUUCCGUGCCGCUGAAAAAGUCCUCGGAAGUGGACUUGGUCAAGCCCCUGUCGAAAUACGUGACGUCCACUUACCCGGCGGGCGAGGAGCAGGCGGAGUACAUUCGAGCCGUGGAGGAACUCAACAAGCUACGGCGGAACGCGCUAGGAAGGCCGCUGGACAAACACGAGAGCUGCCUGGAGAGCCUGCUCAGAUAUUAUGACCAACUAUGCUCUGUGGAGCCCAAGUUCCCCUUCUGUGAAAACCAGCUGUGCUUAACCUUCACGUGGAAAGAUGCCUUCGAUAAAGGCUCGCUGUUUGGCGGUUCCGUCAAGCUUGCAUUGGCCAGCCUGGGCUACGAGAAGACGUGCGUGCUGUUCAACGCCGCAGCGCUGGCCAGCCAGAUCGCCGCCGAGCAGAAUCUGGACAACGACGAGGGCCUCAAAAACGCCGCCAAAUAUUAUCAGCUGGCGAGCGGCGCCUUCGGCCACAUCAAAGACACGGUGCUGUCGGCCCUCAACCGUGAGCCCACCAUGGACAUAGCUCCCGAAACGGUGGGCACCCUCAGCAUCAUCAUGCUGGCGCAGGCCCAGGAGGUCUUCUUCCUCAAAGCCACCACGGACAGGAUGAAGGACGCCAUCAUCGCCAAGCUGUCCAAUCAGGCGGCAGACUUCUACUGCGACGCCUUCAAGCAGUGUCAGUACAAAGACAACCUGCCUAAGUAUUUUUACUUUCAGGAAGUGUUGCCGGUGCUUGCGGCCAAGCACUGCAUCAUGCAGGCCAAUGCCGAGCUCCACCAGAGCGUCCUUGCGAAGCACAAGAAGCAGUUUGGCGAGGAAAUCGCUCGCCUGCAGCGUGCGGCCGAUCUGGUGAAGACGGUUGCGUCGCGCUACGACGAGUACGUGAGCGUCAAGGACCUGACCGAGAAGAUCAACCGAUCGCUCACCGCUGCCAAGAAGGACAACGACUUCAUCUACCACGACCGUGUGCCUGAGAUCAAGGAUCUGGAGCCCAUCGGCAAGGCCACUUUGGUUAAGGCAACCGCCAUCACGCCGCCGCUCAGCCAAAAGUUUUCAGACUUGUUUGAGAAGAUGGUUCCCAUGGCGGUACAGCAAUCCAUGAGCUCGUACGGUCAGCGCAAAGCCGAAACCGUCAACAGACUGGUGGGAACCAUGCGGGAGGCCACCAACCUCUGCAACGGGGUUCUGGCAUCCCUUAAUCUGCCAGCCGCUCUGGAGGACCUCUCCGGAGACUCGGUGCCGCAGUCCAUUGCCGAAAAGGCUCGCUCGGUGGUGCAGCAAGGGGGGCUGCAGAGCAUCGAACAGCUUAUCAAAGACUUGCCUGAGCUGCUCACCCGCAACAGGGAAAUUCUGGACGAGGCGCUGAAAAUGCUGGAUGACGAGGAGACCACAGACACUGAGCUGAGAGCCAAAUUCAACCAACGCUGGAACCGGACCCCGUCUGGAGACCUGUACAAGCCCCUUCGCUCAGAGGGCGGCAAUUUCCGCAACAUCCUGGACAAGGCGGUGCAAGCGGACCAGGUGGUGAAGGACCGCUACAACGUCCACUGUGACAUGAUCGCCCUGCUGUGCAAGUCCGAGAGCGAGCUGAACGCCGCGCUGCCCUCCGCCAACCCCACCAAGACCCUCCAGGGCAGCGAGGUGGUGGGCGUGCUGCGCUCGCAGCUGGCCCGGUUGGACGAGGUGAAGCGGGAGCGCGAGGCGCUGGAAUCGGACAUCAAGGGCGUGACCUUCGACAUGUCCGCCACCUUCCUGACGGCACUGGCGAAGGACGGCGCCAUUAAUGAGGAACAGCUCUCCGUGGCGCAGCUGGACCAGCUGUACAGCCAGCACAACCAGAGGGUGAUGGCCAACCUCCGCCAGCAGGAGGAGCUGCUGGGACAGAUUCAGACGUCACAUCAGGAGUUUAGCAACCUGAAGCAGUCCAACACGGAGGCCAACCAGCGAGAGGAGGUCCUCAAGAAGCUGGCCUCUGCCCACGACAGUUACAUGCAGAUCAGCAACAACCUCUCCGAAGGCACCAAGUUUUACAACGACCUGACCGAGAUCCUACUCAAGUUCCAGAACAAAUGCUGCGACAUCGUCUUUGCUCGCAAGACGGAACGGGAUGAGCUCCUCAAAGAGCUGCAGCAGAGUAUUGCUCGUGAGCCCAGCGCCCCCAACUUCAACGUCCCCGCUUACCAGAGCCAACCCCCAGCCCCCGUCGGUGGCCCGACCCCCGCUCCGAGGACCAUAUUUAACCAGCCCCCGCCGCAGACCCCCCAGCAGACCCAAGCCAAAUCCCAGCCCCCUGCUCGGCCUCCCCCACCUGUUUUGAUUCCGCAGACCGCACCAACCGCUACACCCGCCGCCGGCACUUCCACCAACAACCCACCACCCAUGGCGCCGCCCUCCACGGCGCAGGGACCCCCUUACCCCACCUACCAGGGGUACCCACAGUACUUCCAGAUGCCGAUGGGCUACAACCCAUACGCCUACGGCCAGUACAACGUGCCCUACAUGCCCUACCAGGCUGCCCCAGGUCAGGCGGGCUACCCGGCGGCACCCCCGGCCACGCAGGGCUACCCCGGCUACCCCCAGCAGCCCUCUCAGCAACCCUCGCAGCAGCAGAACUACUACCCUCAGCAGUAAAGCACCACCCCCACAACAUAGACCCCUCCCCCUUAACACUUUUUCUCCUUUUUUUCAGGAAGUUUGAUACAUUGUUUUCUUUCCUCUGGGAUCUCGGAAACACUUUUUCUCCUUACUUUAGUUGACACACUAACACAAAAUGUCCGCCAUCCCUGACUGGUCUGCACUGGAGGACUCCCCAGCGGGUGUAUGGGGGCUGUGUAACCCCCCCCCACCACCA